CAGCACGGUGUCGCCCAGCCCUUGAACGAGCUCGAGGAGCACGUCAAUGACCUCGAUAACUCUUGGGAGACUGAGUCUCUUCUGGCUGAGUUGCUCGACGGUUUGACUGAUGAUAACACUCACGGCAAUCCUAACUUCUGCACGCCUGAUGAGGCAGUCAACUUCCGCCAGCAGCUUCGUGCCCUGGGUCCUGAGGAGUUUUGUCGUCGUACUAUUGAUUCUGGUUAUAUUUCGGCUAAGAAGCUCCUCACUGCCUUUGGCGUCCGACCCCCUGACUUCCUCGAGGGUCAUCCUGAUCAGUCCUACCGCAGCCUGCUGAUCCUUGCCAUCACCCGCGAGCUGGCCAAGAGGGCCAAACUGUCCACGUACAACUCAGUCGACGAUGCUGUCGAGCUCCUCCAGAAAUCCAAAAACAUCAUCGUCCUGACCGGUGCUGGCAUCUCCACCUCGCUGGGCAUACCUGACUUCCGCUCUGCCGGCACCGGUCUCUACUCGAAGCUCCACCACUUGGGCCUCGACGACCCCCAGGAAGUCUUCAACAUCACUGUCUUUAAGGAGGACCCUUCCAUCUUCUUCUCGGUCGCUCGAGACAUCCUGCCAGAGGCUGAGCGUUUCUCGCCCACCCACAAGUUCAUUGCGCUGCUGCAGGAGAAGGGCAAACUCCUGACCAACUACUCGCAGAACAUUGACAAUCUUGAGUCCAAGGCUGGUAUUUCUCCUGACAAGUUGAUUCAAUGCCACGGCUCCUUCGCCACCGCCACCUGCAUCCAGUGCGGCCACAAAGUGCCAGGUGAUGCCAUUUUCGGCGAGAUCAAGGCCGGAAAGAUCCCCUAUUGCCCCGUCUGUGCCGUCCCACGCCGCACCACCAAAAACAGCAGCCGCAAGCGCAAGAUUGUGCGCGACGGCACCGAGAAGAAGGUUCGCCGCCGGCCCGGUGACUACGAUAGUGCCAGCGACUCCGAGUACGACAUGCCUUCCAAGGGCGGCAUCAUGAAGCCCGACAUCACCUUCUUCGGCGAGGCUCUUCCCGACGCCUUCAGCCGCCGCCUGGUCGAGGAGGACCGCUUCAAGACCGACCUCGUCGUCGUCAUCGGCACCAGCCUCAAGGUCGCCCCCGUCAGCGAGCUGGUCCCUUUUAUCCCGCCGCACAUCCCCCAGAUCUACAUCUCGAGGACCCCGGUGACCCACCACAACUUCGACAUCGACCUCCUGGGCGACUGCGACGUCGUCGUCGCCGAGCUCUGCAACCGCGCCGGCUGGGACCUGCAGCACGACAUGAUCCCCGACGACCAGGUCAUCGACAUCAGGUCCGACCCUGCCUGGGGCAGCCGACAUGUCUUCAGC